UUUGCUAAAAAGCCUCGUGUCUGCUCAGUGUAUUUACUGUGGAAACAGACUCCAAUUGAUCUUCAUUCGCGGCUAAAGUAAAGUUUUUAAUUUACUUUGUUAAACUUCGUGAAAACUAGUGCAAAUAAUUUUUCACAACCCUUUCAAAAUUUCGAAUUUAAUUCAUAUUAAUUCAAGCUACUUUAUUUAAUCAUGGCAGUUCGAGUACAAUUUGAAAAUAAUAAUGAAGUUGGAGUCUUUUCUAAACUAACAAAUACUUACUGUUUGGUUGCAAUCGGUGGUUCUGAGAACUUUUACAGUGUUUUCGAAGCAGAACUUGGGGAUGCAAUACCAGUUGUUCAUGCCUCCAUUGCAGGAUGUAGAAUUAUUGGAAGACUUUGUGUUGGAAAUAAAAAUGGACUUUUAGUUCCCAAUACAACAACAGACGUGGAAUUACAACACAUUCGAAAUUCACUGCCUGAUUCCGUGAAAAUACAACGGGUAGAGGAAAGACUUUCGGCACUUGGAAAUGUGAUUGCUUGUAAUGAUCACGUCGCUUUGGUGCAUCCUGAUCUCGACAGAGAAACUGAAGAAAUCUUAGAAGAUACGUUAAGUGUUGAAGUAUUUAGACAAACAGUGGCGAGUAAUGUUUUAGUAGGUUCUUAUUCUGUUCUCUCAAAUCAAGGAGGCUUAGUACAUCCAAAGACAUCGAUUCAAGAUCAAGAUGAACUCUCUUCCCUAUUACAAGUACCACUCGCUGCAGGCACAGUAAAUAGAGGUAGCGAUGUACUUGCAGCUGGAAUGGUAGUAAACGAUUGGAUUUCAUUUUGUGGAAUGGAUACAACAGCACCAGAAAUCUCAGUUAUUGAAAGUGUUUUUAAAUUAAAUGAAACUCAACCCACUGCAAUUACCUCAACUAUGCGUGCAUCACUCAUAGAAAGUAUGUCGUGAGGAGAAGUUUUAAAGAACAAAUUCUUUAAUAUAAAUGCACUAUAAGGCCGAAAUUUACAAAUUAUGAAAAUCAACUAAAAAAAACCGUUUUUGACUAUCUUCUUGACACUUCUCUUUAGCAUAUUCAUUUUUGAGUUUUCUUUUGAAAAAUAGAUGUGAAUGCUAUAAAAUUUUAUGAAAUACAAAUAAAACAAAUUCUUUCUCUUUGUAAAUUAAAGAAAAUUCUAUAAUUAUUAUUUUUUUUUUAAUUAAAAAAAUUAAUUCUAGGAUAAUUAAAUAUUAGCGUUUAUCCAAUAUAAUGACUUGAAUGUAUUUCAUACAGGUUACUAUCAAAUGUCUGUGUAUAAUGUACAAACUAUAUAAUUUAACCUAAAGCACUGCAAGGCACAACAAUCUAAUAUAAAAUUUAUAAAGAGUCAGUUUAAUGUUACUCUUUAAAAUAAAAAUUAAAAAAAGAAAUAAUGACACAUUAUUAAAAACUAAAAAGUUGUCGCAGUAAUAAUUAAAUAAACUUGGCAAACAAUUUC